ACAUCCAUCGCCCUCCUGUUAAUUACGAGUGGAUGUCAAAUGGAGGCUAGGUUUGCCCUUGGGUCAGCGGUGUAUACAUUGGUCACCAAAUGGCUACACAUAUUAGCCCUAGCAAAAGUUACUUUGCACGACUACCGGUUUGAGAGUGAUUCCCCUGUCAAUCCAGCUACGAAUUGGGUAUUCUUUGCUAGCCUAGUGGUGGGAAAGUGUGGAAAGUCUCUCCACAUGGGACCGCUGAAAAGAAGCUCUUCCUUGUCAAUCUCCCAAGUGGCCAAGCCCGUCUCCCAUCUUUGUUUAAUCUCCCAAGCUUAUAUGGGGUUGACUUGCCCCUCCUCUAUUCACUUUUCUUCUUCAUCCAAACAAAGUCAAUCUUCCAGAUCACACAUAUCUUCCUUUGACUUCGGUCGUCCAUUCUUUACAGAACAAACUCAACAGAUCAAAUUCAGUGAACCUUCUAUCACCGCUCUUCAGCACUAAACAAUCCCCAAAAACCAAAUAAUAUUCAAAAUGCGUUUCUCCGUUAUCGCCGUUUCCAUGUUCGCUGGUGCCGCCAUGGCUGCCACCUCCACUGACUACGUCACUGAGGAAGUCACCAUCACCUCUUGCGCCGCAACUGUUACCGACUGCCCAGCUCGCAGCACCCAAGUUUCCACCACCAUCUACUCAAGAACCUCCUCUACCGAGGCUGGAGCCUCUUCUGUUACCCCAGCUGGUCAGCCAUCCAACAGUGCACCAGCUUCAAGUGCACCAGCUAGCAGCGCACCAGUUGUUUCUUCCCCAGCCCCAAGUGCUCCAGCCUCCAGCGCCCCAGCUAGCAGUGCACCAGUUGCAUCUGGCCCAGCCUCCAGCGCCCCAGCCAGCAGCGCACCAGUUGCAUCUGGCCCAGCCUCCAGCGCCCCAGCCAGCAGCGCACCAGUCUUCACUCCAACCUACGCCACACCAGCUGCCUCCUCAUCUGCCCCCUCAGCUGCCCCCACCGAUGCUUGCGUAGCUGAAUGUAACGCAUCAUACAACUCAUGCCGUAGUGCAGCAGAUGCCAACCGAGCCACAUGUGCUUCCGAAUACGCAUCAUGUCUUGGAUACCUUCCAUAUGACAGCAACGGAUCGCUCGUCACCCCAACUGCUUGCUCCAAGUCUGCAUCAGCAACAGGAACUCCUGCUGCCUCCUCCACUGGCUCUAACCUCGGUGUUGUUACCUCCCCAGCUGCAUCCGUCUCUGUCGUUGCCAUCACCACCUGUAUCCCAACCGUCAUCUACUCCACCGUCUCCCUCUCCGGACACGAGACCACUGUUCCAGGUGUCCCAGCUGCUUCCGCCAAGCCAUCUUCCACUGGAUACAUCUCCGUCCCAGCCAACGGUACUACCCCAGUUGCUACCCAAACCCCACUUGCAUUCACCGGUGCUGCUUCCACUGUUCAAGCUGGAGGAGCUGCCAUCGCCGCCGUCUUCGGACUCGCUGCUUUCCUUUUGUAAGCAUCUAAAUGCUCACCGAUCGACAAUUUUCACGCAUUUGCAUUACAAUGGAAUUUUUUCGGGCGCCGGUACAAGUUAUUUUUUUGGCUUGGGUCUACGAAAAAGGGGAUAGAUACCUUAGGGGGGUGUUGAUGUUUACUUUGUUUAUUCUCUUAGAGUCUGGUCUGGGCAACGACAGUUUGGAUCAGAAGUUUUUUUCUUCCUCUGCGCAAUCUUUUUUUUCUUCACAAUCGACAUUAAUUCUUUAAUUCUGGAUAUUUACAUGAUGGGACUUGUACGGAUCGUGGGAUGGGAACAUUUCCAGGAGAUGUGCAGAAUGGGAAGUGCAAUUGCUUGAGAGCUAAUGGGUAGAGAGUUGGGCUGGGCCAUCCCUCCUGCUUGUCUUGAAGUAAUUUAGUAAAUUAAUUCAGAAUUGAGAUUAAUUGUUUGAUGUACUGUAUCUAUUUUGCAUUUCAAUUCUUGCAUUUAAGUUUUGCCUUCAAUUUGCGCUUCAAUCGUGCGUGAAAUAAAAGAAUGAACAAGAUUAGAUAAAUUGUGUUCAUACCUGGGCCUUGUACAUGAAGUGAAACCUCCCGAAACAUCCCAGUUCCGGACAAAUACCUGUACGUAUGAUGAAUAAUAAAUCCCAUCGAACCACUUAAAAAUACGAGAAAUUCAUUAAAAGAAAAAAAGUUUCCCCGGAUCGCCAAGACUGAGGUGUUUCACUUGAGUUGAGCGAAUUGUGUGGUUUUUUUCUGGUCGGUCGGUCGGUCGGUCGGUCGGUUUUCAUUCAAGCAUAAGGAAAUUAUGUUGAUCUUGAUCUUGAUCUUGCCCUGCCCUGCCCUGCCCCUGAAAACAAAUGGGAGAGGGGCUGUGUGGCUGUGUAUGGACGGAGUACUGGAUUGGGAUUGGGGCGAGAAGAUGGAUUGGAUCGGGACGAGCAGGUGGAAUGAAUGGGACGGAAUCCUUGGAUUGUCGCGAGUCGAAUUCUGAUUGCAGAGGAUCAGAUCAGAUCUGUUUUCAGUCGGGAGAAGCUGGUUGGGUUCGUCUGCACCCCUUCCGUCACUUGGGAUGGGAUGUGAGAGUUUCUUUUGUUGUAUCGUAGGAGGGACGGGGAUAUAUAUAGAUGUAUCGAUAGAUGUGUAGAUGUUGAUGUUGAUGUAGAGAUGGAGAUAUACGUACUCUAUGUGAUUGACAGGAAGGUCCAUUCAUUCAUUCAUUCAUUAGCAGUUUUGAGUCCGGCGAGUCCGGUCGGUAACUUCGGGUGCGGGAUUAUAUACAGAGCAUGGCGUCCGCUGCAACCGGUCCUUGAGCUAUACUUAUAUAUAUACAUAUAUAUAUUAAUAACAUAUCAACACA